AUGGUCGUCAAGGAGCUACCGAUGGUCCAACAGAAGUUGCGUAACAGGCUGCGGGAUUUUGAGGAGACGUUUGAGAUCCCCCUAUUGAUGAACGGCUCUACAUCAGCGGAGUUGGAGCGGGCCGGCCGUGGAGGCGCGUUGGACUAUGCGGUCUCGGUGGCGGUGGAACUUGCUAUUUCCCGAGGCGAAUUCCCGACGUCCUCAGAGGCACACAGGGAGAGUCGAAGGAUUAUUGAUGAGGCUAGG